GAGAUUCCAGGAAGAAACAAACGAAUCGAAGUUCUGUCACUGUGCCGCCGGUUAUCAAAUUCUUAAUCAAAAUAAAGAAGAACAAAACAAAUUGCCCACCAACUUCUUUCGUUAUUUAUACUAUGUUUUAAGAUUCCUUUCUCUUCAUCUACGAAUCCUUCCUCUUUCCCCCAUGGCGUCCCUCUGUUAUGGCUCCAGUCGCUCCUUACUGGUGCUCAACAACCCAUGCCGGAACACCACAUCACCCUCUCUUCAUCCCUCCUCGAACUCGCUUUCUGGGUUCACCCGGAAACUAGUUACUGCUUCUUCUUCUUCUUCAAAAACUGUGGGAGUUGGAGUCACACGCGCCACCGCUCAGGUGGCGGACGCUGUGCUGGGAGGUAAAGAGGAUACAAGUCGGGUGUUGAGAGUUGGUGUGAUAUGUGGCGGUCCAUCGGCGGAGCGUGGGAUUUCCUUGAACUCUGCUCGAUCAGUGCUUGAUCACAUACAGGGAGAGGAUUUGCAUGUCAGCUGCUAUUACAUUGAUGAUCAUCUCAAUGCCUUUGCAAUAUCCUCUGCUCAGGUAUACUCGAACACUCCUUCGGAUUUUGAUUUUAAGCUCGAAAGUCUUGCCCAAGGUUUCCAGUCUUUGUCUGAAUUUGCCGAGCAUCUAGCUGUCUCGGUGGACAUAGUUUUCCCUGUAAUACAUGGUCGGUUCGGUGAAGAUGGUGGCAUACAGGAGCUGUUGGAAAAAUAUAAUGUUCCAUUUGUUGGCACGGGAUCCAAGGAGUGUCGACAAGCAUUUGACAAGUAUGAUGCCUCCGUGGGCCUUGGCAAACAUGGAUUUGUAACAGUACCAAGUUUCUUAGUGCAGGGAAAUGAAGUGAAUCGAGAUGAAUUAUCCGAAUGGUUUGCAAGCAACCAUUUGGACUCUAACACCGGGAAGGUUGUGGUCAAACCAGCAAGAGCAGGAUCAAGCAUUGGUGUCACAGUUGCAUAUGGAGUUGAAGAUUCACUUACAAAGGCCAAUGAAAUUAUUUCACAGGGAAUCGAUGAUAGAGUGCUCGUUGAAUUAUUUCUUGAAGGAGGGAGUGAAUUCACAGCCAUUGUUCUUGAUGUGGGCCAUGGUUUUGAUUGUCAACCUGUUGUGCUACUGCCAACUGAGGUGGAGCUUCAAUUUCAAGGUAGUGGUGAUUUAAAGGAGAAAGAUGCAAUUUUUAAUUAUAGAAGGAAGUAUCUUCCCACACAACAGGUUGCAUAUCACACUCCUCCUCGUUUUCCUAUUGAAAUAAUUAAAACUAUCCGAGAAGGGGCAUCUUUGUUAUUUCAAAGGCUUGGAUUGCGUCAUUUUGCUCGAAUUGAUGGGUGGUUUUUGCCCUCUUCCACAAAAACAUCAGCUGCUUCUGAAGAUAAAUUUGGAAUGACAGAAUUUGGCACAGUUCUAUUUACUGACAUCAACUUGAUUAGUGGGAUGGAACAGACAAGUUUCUUGUUUCAGCAAGCUUCAAAGGUUGGAUUUUCUCAUUCGAACAUUCUGCGAAGCAUUAUCUAUCGAGCUUGCUUGAAGUUUCCUGAGCUUGCAACAUUUAGUAGUAAAUCAGGUCAGCUGCAGAAAAAUUCAAAACCCUCAAAGAAAGGGCAUCAAGGCUUUCGUAAAGUCUUUGUAAUUCUUGGAGGAGACACAUCGGAGCGGCAGGUAUCCCUUAUGAGUGGAACUAAUGUUUGGCUCAAUUUGCAAGGAUUUGACGAUCUUGACGUAACUCCCUUUUUGCUUGCUCGCUCGAUUGGCCAUUCAUCUACUACAGAUUCAGAUAAAUUGGACCCUGAUUUGAGCUCCAUUGAAGUUUGGUCGUUACCUUACUCCCUUGUGUUGAGGCAUACAACGGAGGAAGUCCUCGAUGCAUGCAUGGAGGCAAUUGAGCCAGCUCGAGCUGCCUUGACAUCUCACUUAAGAAACCAAGUGAUGAACGAACUCGCAGAAGGUUUGACGAAACAUGGUUGGUUUACUGGUUUUGACAUAGCUGAUGAGCUACCAACAAGAUAUUCACUGAAGGAGUGGAUCCAGUAUGCCAAGGAAGUCCAUGCAACAGUUUUUAUUGCAGUGCAUGGAGGCAUCGGUGAAGAUGGCACACUUCAGUCUUUGCUUGGUGCUGAAGGAAUUCCUUAUACAGGUCCUGGCAUAACGGCUUCGAAGAUUUGCAUGGAUAAAGUCGCAACUUCUCUGGCUCUUGAUCAUCUGAGAGACCAGGGAAUUCUUACCAUAAACAAAGAUGUGAAGAAAAAAGAGGAUUUGUUGAAAAUGCCCAUUCUUCAGACUUGGAAUGAACUAAUUUCAAAGCUUCAGUGUGAAACAUUAUGCAUUAAACCAGCGAGGGACGGAUGCUCUACUGGUGUUGCAAGAUUGUGCUGUGCAGAGGACCUUGCAGUGUAUACAAAAGCCUUGGAUGAUUGCCUUCUACGGAUUCCUCCGAAUAGCUUUUCAAAGGCACAUGGAAUGAUUGAGAUGCCAAACCCUCCUCCAGAUCUCUUGAUCUUUGAACCUUUUGUGGAAACAGAUGAAAUUUUUCUUUCAUCCAAAACUGUUUCGGAAAAUUCGCAACGCCUUCUAUGGAAAGGACACAGCCGCUGGGUAGAAGUAACGGUUGGUGUUAUCGGUAAACGGGGAUCAAUGCACUCGUUGAGUCCUAGCAUAACUGUCAAGGAAACCGGUGACAUUCUGUCACUCGAGGAGAAAUUCCAAGGUGGAACUGGAAUCAAUCUGACUCCUCCCCGGUAUCGAUUAUUAGGUUUUAACGAGGCUUUGGGGCGAUGUAAACAACGUAUCGAACUAAUUGCCAACACCCUGCAACUGGAAGGAUUUUCAAGAAUCGAUGCAUUUGUUAAUGUUGACACUGGAGAGGUCUUGAUCAUAGAGGUCAAUACAGUGCCCGGAAUGACUCCUUCCACUGUGUUGAUACAUCAGGCACUGGCAGAGCAGCCCCCUGUAUAUCCUCACCAGUUCUUCCGUAAACUACUCGAUUUGGCAUCGGAGAGAGCGGAGUAAAAGCCGUGGUCAACGACGGUCGAUCAAUGGAUGGAUCUUCCUAGUACUUUGGGUGCUGGCUGUUGAAGAAUGAGGAGAGAAAUGCAAUUGUGAAAAGUUAAAUGGCCAAGUUUGUUAUGUAGCCAUAAGUAGAUGAUGCACUGAAAUUUGUUUUUAUUUCCUUC